AUGCACCAGAAAUUCAACAAAAACACAAACCUAAAAGAUGAAACUGGCAAAAUGAUCAAUGUGUUUGAUGUCUUUGUUCAUAUAAUACGAUUCCUCGUGGGAGAUUUUGAAGCAUCUGGAAAGUCUUUGAUGUCAGAUGAACGUAUAAACGUAAUCUGUAUUCCUGCGAGAUGGGGAUACGACGCCAAACAGUUAGUAAGAGAGGCAGCAGAAAUGGCUGGUAUACCUAGGGACGAACUAAAGGUGGUCUUUGAACCUGUUGUUGCCAAAUUUGGCUUCCAUAAGGACAAAGACAUCGACAAGAAGUCAUUUUACGAAGCGGCAAAAUCUGGAGCUGAAUACUUUGUCCUGGACUUGAGAGGCAGAACCACCGAUAUAUCUUGCCAUCAGCAUGGAGGAUUUCUUAGACAUCUGCUCCCGUCCAAAGGAAGCGCACUUGGGGGUGAUACUCUUACCGAGGAAUACAUGAAAUUCCUGGGGCAGAUUUUUGGGGAGAAAUAUUUGGUACGGCUGAAAGAGGAAUACACAGAAGAAUAUCUUCACAUACUACACACUUUCCAACAAAAAAACCGUCGCAUUUCAGGAGAAAUGGAUAAAUUCAUUACUUUAAAUGCACAAUCGCUGUUGGUUUGUUUUGGCAGAGAUGAAGAUGAUGUUGACCUGAGCCGUUUCGAUGGCAGCGUACGCAUGAAUAAUUUUACAUACUUAGAAUCAAUGUGGCACAGUGGCAACGUCUAUUUGACAAAUAUAUCACAGCUAUUGAAAGAAGCAUUGAACGGAUCAUACGAGAUGAACGGUUCGAAGAUGUUGAAUACUUAUUGAUGAUAGGUGAGUUCUCGGAAGUUGAACUUGUUACAAGGGCUAUAAGGAAGAAGUUUCCUCAAAAGAAAAUCAUCGUUCCAACCGAUGCAGGACUCGCUGUCCUCAAAGGGGCGGUAUACUUCGGUUUUCUCUCGGAAACAAACACACAAGAUGUACAAUAUACUUACGGUAUCCAGCACUGGCCAGAAUUUAACAAAUGCAAACACCCGUUGGACAGGUUAGUGGUUAUAGACGGGGUCACACGAUGCAAAGAUGUAUUUUUCAAAUACAUUGAGAAGGGGCAGAAUAUUCCAGAGAACCAAAGAGUGUCCUGUGUAUGGACACCAUUUUCGAACAGCAAUUGUCAUACUAUAGACUGUACCGUGUAUAUUUCAUCCCAAGCUGACCCCAUAUUUACCGACGACGAUGGCUGCGCUGUACUAGGUGUCCUACACACACCUUUCACUGUCGAUAUAGAGAAGGAAGCUUUGAAGAUCGAGCAAACUCUUAUCUUCGGAAGAACGUGCAUCACUUUACAAGCAAAGAACAUGGCGACUGGACAGAUUUGUGAAACACAGAUUGAAUAUAUGUAGGAGCUCUACUGUAGAGUAUCGAUCGGGAUGCUUACAGGAAAACAAACAGUGACGAAAACAAAGGCAACCAUUUCUCAUUCGACUAGCGUCGAUUGCCGCCUGUGUGCUACUAUUUGUGAGAUAUUUAACAAAUCAUCAAAUGUACUUUGUACAAAUUGUCUUCGCGACAGUAUAUUUACAAUGAUAAGGUGAUAUCAUAGUAUUUCUACUGUUUUCUAUCGGAUAACUAUCAUGAUAUAGCAAGUAUAUUUAGCUUACAACAUUGUACAGACUUUCAUAAAACAUACCUAACAUAUUACUGUCAACAUAAUAAUUGGAAAUUUUGCAAUAAUUCUUAACUGGCCGUAUGAGCGAUUCGAGCUAUCUGCUCACUGGGGUAAUUAUCGAAUUCAUAUUAAUUAGCAAAUGUGAAUUUCAGUUGUUGGUUGUUGUUGUUGUAAAGGGGAUGGGGGGUCCUUAGUAGAAAAGAAAAUGAAUUAGGAAUAUCCUAAACAUUUUCAUGCUUCAUGUUGUAAACUUAUUAGUUAUUCGACACUGGGGAAGUGAAUUAAAAUGGGCGGUAUUCCGUCUGUUAUCACUUUGAAAAAUGAGGAUUAGAUUUGCUAAGGGCCAUUGACAGACAUAUUCGUACGGAGAGUUGGAGAUUUUUUUAUACAAUGUAUAUCACACAAGCUUGUACAAUCGUAGUACAAUAUCAAGGUUUGUGUAUUAGACUCACAACCAGAAAUUACAUCUCAUGUAAGAAAACAGACACAAAUGAAUAAUCUUUGUCGAUGUGUUUUAAUUUGUAAUAGAUUAUUAUUGUGUUAUUUAAAGAGUUAUACUUUAAACAUUUUUUAUGCAAAUUGGACGUAAUUAAUGGUGUAAAAUGUUUACCUAUUAGUUGAAAGCAAUUGUUUAAAUGUGUUUAUGCAUUAAAAAAAAUAUGGAUGAAUUUGGCCAGCCAUAAGCAGAUACCAAAAACGACACUUUUUCAGAUCAAUCAAUUGAAAAAUCGCAGAACAAAUCCCAACAUUCUAUCUUCUAAUUGUUGGAUUCACAUGUAUAAGCAAUGACCAUAGCCACAAUCAUAUCUUAAUGGGUUAUAGCAUGUUAUUUUUCCUUUUUACUAUAUGAUUAUAGCUCGUUUUCUAGUUUUUAUGAUAAUUAUUUUUAUCAUAAAGUCAUUUUUGUUUUACACUUUCUGAUUGACUGAAAGUGUCAUGUGAUUCCCGAUUAAAAGUCAUAUUGACCUACCGAACAAAAAACAAAAACAACAAAAAACAAAAAACAAAAAACGAUAAAAAUGCUGGUUGAUUAGGUGUUUCUAAAAUGGAUGAAUUAUGAAUAACUUCCUCUUCAUAUUAUUUUAUCUUACACGCUGUUUAAACAUGACACGCAAUAACUUACUGGAAUAUUAAAAGUUGAUGUACUAGUGUAUUAGUUUACUUUUGAUUAUGUGGAGUUUAAAUAUGUACAGACUUCACAAAUCAGACUCUCUCAUUGCAUGUCCAAGUGCUACUUGCACUCAUUUAUUUUUAUUAGUAAUUGCUGCAUGAGAAUGAAGUUAUUUUGCAUUUAACAUUAUACUAUUACAUUAGUAUAUAGCAUCACGACGUAAAUCUGAUUAACUUUUUAAUUAUGUAAGCUUGGAUGUAUGACGUCAUAAGUUUAUAACGAUGAAGGUAAAAAAGUAUGACUUGUAUGUCAUACUCUUCCCAGAGAUGGCCGAUUUUGACCAUAGCUGAGGGUUUUUUUUGAUAUGUUAGCAAAAUCCUCGAAGACAGAGAAUAAAAAUUGAACUUUCUGUUCAGUGGUAUGUUUAUUAAAAAGAAUUAAUUCAUUGCUCGUAGAUUCAUUAUGAAACGAAACUUUGACAAUAUUUGAAUUUAAUUUUGUCUCAUUUGAUUUAUCUUUAUAAUCAUGUUGCUUUUAUCUUUUGUUAUUCUUAACGAAAAAAAAACAUGACAUGAUUUCUGUUUAUAUUUUUUUAUGUAUGUAAGGAAAUCCAAACGUGGAGUGAUGGAAUUGAAUCAUUGUAUUAUUCAGAAUUUAGUUAAGAUUGCUGGUUGGCAGAACUAGUUUGUGUUUUUGGUUAAGUCUUUUUUGAUAAUGUACAUAAUAAUGACUUCUCUGUGAUGAAAGAUAUUCUGAAUAAUAUCUAGCAAGCUAAGAUAUAUAAUAUCUUAACUAAGUGUUCAUUUAAUGACAAUUGAUGAAAAUAGUCUCAGGAGUUUUUAUUUUUGCGGGACUUUGAAAUACUUUUUUUGCAAAAUUACUCAGAAAAUCAAUACUUUGACAGAUUUUAAAGUCAAAAUGUGAUGGAAAAUAUCAAGCAGAGUAGCCGUGUUUUUCUGCCAACUUCAGUUCUUGUUCGAUUUUAGACUGGCACAGCCAAUGGAAAUUGCUUCAGGGUAUAUUACACUAGUGACACAUGCAAAAAUAUUACACGAACAAAGUCAUUGGAUAAUAUAUUGAUUAUGUGAUAAAUUGUAAUAAUCAACAUCCAUAUUGUAUUAUAUAUUUAUAAUACAAUUUCCUUAUAGAUUUUUAAAAAUCGUUUUUAUUUUCUUACUAAAAGUUGUCAUUCAGAGAUUACAAAAGGUUCAGAAAACGUAAGAUACAAAAUCUAAUUAGAAACAGCAUUUUCUGUUUUUUUUUCAUAAUAUUUUUUCUGAUUAUCAUUUCCAUACACAUUAACAUUUUGCAUGUUGCUAUUUAUGUAACAUAGCAUACGUGCAACAAAUUGCAAAGGGUAGCUAUGGAAAGUGAUGGAAAUCAACCAUGCGUAUCGUAUGAUUGUAGAUUAAUGUUGAGUUAGAUAUUUACCUCUUAAGGAUCUGCUCUUCUGAGGUUUCAGUCAUGUUGAAGUCUCGUUUCGAUCUUGAAUAAACAGUUUUUGUAAUGUAUAACCAAACAGAAGAAUUUCAAAAAAUGGUCCAUUUGGCGGCAACUUUGAAAAUGUCUAUUUUUGUGCAAGGCUUAAUUUCACAGUUUUUGGGCUUUUUUGUUUUUACUCAAACCAUCAUUGCGUUGGCAAUUUUUCUAAUUUAUUUUGCUGUAAAACACUGACCACAUAGGAUUGUAUCAGUUUUAGACAGAACAAUCUUUCACAUUUGAUCUGCAAAAUAUCUUUGUCAGCAGAACUUUUGAUAUCAAGCGUUAUAUCUAGCAAAAUGGUGAAAAAUUAUGUAUGUUAUACUUCAAAACUGAGGGGUAGGGGUUAUUCUGAUCUAAAAUAAUUGCUAGAUCAAUUUAACUUAUAAAUAAAAAAGAAUAUUUCAAGAAGUCAGAACAUUAAUACAUAUCUGAUAAUAUGUUAUUAAGAUAUUGCUUUGAUUGGUUGUGUGUAUGGUCAAAACAGCAGAAUUCACAUUAAAUCA